AUGAAGAUCCUCCUACAUUCCCACUUCCCAGCGGGCCACACAUAUCCUAUGCAGGCUGUGGCCCAGUCUCUCAUCCGUCGGGGUCAUCAGGUAGUAUGGCUCGCCAGCGCCGACAACGAGGUCCGCGUUCGAGCGGUGGGAGCCACCUUCGUCCCAACAGAAGCCAUCGCCAUUGUCGAUGAGCCCCUCAUUGAGAAGAAUGAGACUGGAAUUCUCGACAAGAUGUAUGACCGUCUGGAAAUUCGUCUUCUCGCCCAAGUGAGCGAUUAUCGUCGGGUAUUGCGGGGCGGCUUCAAAGCAGAUCUGCUGCUAGUCGAUGUGAUGCCCUAUGGAGCGAGAGCUCUGUGCGAAUUGGGAGAGAUCCCUGCGUAUGCAACUCUUGGGGUGAUUCCGAUGUACAUGUCGGGCUGGGGAGCACCUCAGGCGGUGUCGGGAGAGAGUCCUUCGGCAUCGUUGUUCUGGUUGAUCUGCAAUUACCUGCAUCAUCUCAUCACUCAAUGGAUCAUCUUGCCAUACCUGCUGAGGCCUGUGAUAAAUGCGCAGAGACAAGUGUUGGGACUAAAGAACUUGCCGUUUGGUGAACCCAUUGAGUCCUUCACUUAUAGCCCCUUUCUUCACAUCCAGGCCUCUUCCCCAUCGUUGGAGUUCAAGCUGCUCCCGAAGCCAGGAGAGCAGAAAAAGCACACGAAAUUCGUUGGACCAACAGUCACUCAGAUCCAGACCGACUAUGUCCAAUUGCCGCCUCAAUGGGAUGAAAUUGUUGCCCAUCCCCGUGUUGUCGGCAUAACCCAGGGGACAUUGGCCAUGGACCCAACAUCGCUGAUUAUCCCCGCCAUUGAGGCUCUCUGCAAUGACCCUCAACUUCUUCUACUAGUAGCAACGCCCCAUGUCGAGGAGGUGACAUCCAGAAUAGGAGAACUACCAAAUGUACGAUAUGUCAAAUGGAUUCCCUACCAUCUUUUGCUGCCACAGCUCUGUCUUCUCAUCACAAAUGGCGGAUACGGAAGUAUAACACAAGCCCUGUCUCAUAAAGUACCUCUGAUAUGCGCGGGCCAAACAGAGGACAAGAAAGAUACAUCAGCUCGUGUCGGUUGGGCUGGGGCAGGAAUCGAUCUCAAGACAGAUACUCCCUCGGCAGAACAGCUUCGGAAGGCCACGAGGCUGAUACUGUGCGACAAGGGGUAUGUCGAGAGAGCAGGACGCUUGGGUGACGAGCUUAACGAGCUUGGGGGCGCGGAUCGGGCUUCUGAGCUUUUGGAGGACCUGGCUGAGUCUAAGGCCAGAUAA